CACUUUCCUUCCACCUUCCAUCUUUUCCGUUUUCCGUUUCCCUUUCUCUUCCCUCUCUCUGUUCUCUUCUUACCUUCUUCACUCACUCACAUUCAAUUAUUGGAAACCUAACAGCACAACGAAUUCAAUCGAAACAAGAAACAAAAAUGAAAUAUGUUUUGGUAACCGGUGGAGUUGUGAGUGGACUUGGAAAGGGAGUAACUGCCAGUAGUAUUGGCUUGCUUCUCAAAGCUUGUGGACUUCGAGUAACUGCUAUCAAAAUUGAUCCUUACUUGAACACAGAUGCCGGAACAAUGUCACCAUUCGAGCAUGGAGAAGUGUUUGUGUUGGAUGACGGAGGCGAGGUGGACCUGGAUCUUGGAAACUAUGAGCGCUUUAUGGAUAUCAAGUUGACUCGUGAUAAUAACAUAACCACUGGGAAGAUUUACCAGUCUGUAAUUGAAAAGGAGAGAAGAGGAGACUAUUUGGGAAAGACUGUUCAGGUUGUCCCUCAUAUCACGGAUGCAAUUCAAGAGUGGAUAGAAAGGGUGGCCCACAUACCAGUAGAUGGAAAACCAGGUUCAGCUGAUGUCUGUGUCAUUGAAUUGGGUGGAACCAUAGGUGAUAUUGAGUCCAUGCCAUUUAUUCAGGCAUUAGGACAAUUCUCAUAUAAAGUAGGUGCUGGCAACUUCUGUUUAGUUCAUGUCAGCCUUGUUCCUGUUUUGAACUGUGUUGGUGAACAGAAAACAAAACCAACCCAGCAUAGUGUUAGAGGACUAAGAGGUCAAGGACUGGCUCCACAUAUCUUAGCAUGCCGCAGCACAAUGGUUCUGGAUGAAGCUGCUAAAGGAAAACUCUCUCAGUUUUGCCUGAUUCCGGGAGAAAACAUAAUUACUCUGUAUGAUGUUCCCAAUAUCUGGCACAUUCCUUUGCUUCUAAGAGAUCAGAAGGCUCAUGAAGCAAUAUUUAAAGUGCUGAACCUUAAUUGUGUAAUUAAGGAGCCUAGAUUAGAUGAAUGGACUAACAGAGCUGAGGCUUGCGAUUUGCUGCAUGAACCAGUUCGUAUAGCCUUGGUGGGAAAAUAUACAGAGCUUUCGGAUGCCUACCUCUCUGUUCUUAAGGCCUUAGUGCAUGCUUCUGUUGAUUGCCGAAAGAAACUUUUUGUCGACUGGAUUCCUGCAAGCAACCUUGAAGAUGCAACUGCAAAGGAGAAUCCAGAUGCUUAUAAGGCUGCAUGGAAGUUGUUGAAGGGUGCUGAAGGUAUUCUUGUUCCCGGAGGAUUCGGGGAUAGAGGAGUGCAAGGAAAAAUUCUCGCAGUUAAAUAUGCCCGCGAAAACAGAAUUCCAUUCCUUGGCAUCUGUCUUGGAAUGCAGAUUGCUGUCGUAGAGUUUGCACGAUCUGUUCUGGGUGUAAAAGAUGCUACAAGCACUGAAUUCGAUCCGAAUACCAAGAGUCCAUAUGUUAUAUUCAUGCCUGAGGGAUCGAAAACACAUAUGGGGGGUACCAUGCGUCUCGGAUCGAGGAGGACAUAUUUCCAAACCAAAGAAUGCAAAUCUGCAAAACUAUAUGGCUGCAGAAGCUUCAUUGAUGAGAGACAUCGGCAUAGAUAUGAGGUGAAUCCUGAUUUUGUAUCUCGCCUCGAAAAUGCUGGUCUUUCGUUUACUGGGAAGGACGAAACCGGCCAGCGCAUGGAGAUUGCUGAACUACCUAAUCAUCCAUACUUUGUUGGUGUUCAAUUCCAUCCUGAAUUUAAAUCAAGACCAGGAAAACCUUCUCCUUUAUUCUUAGGGUUUAUUGCAGCAGCAUGCGGCCAACUGGAUGUGGUCUUACAGCGCUGUUCAAACGUUGACAGCAAUGGUCUUCUAAAAGUCCCACCAAUCAAAACAUACCAAAAAAAAAGUUCACUAAAGCCAAGUUAUAGGCCCCCAGAAUAUGUUUUGGAAAGUGUCAAGGGUUUGAAUUUCUAAGUUGGCUAUGCUGGUCUUUUGUUUCUUGUGAAUUGGUGAAAUUACUGUGGAGGGCUUUUCAGUUAUUGCUGUUGUCUCUGAGAACCAAGUCUUGUACAGUCAAUUGAACCUUGGUGGUAGGGUAUAUAGUGUUUCAGAGGAUACAAAGAGAGAGAGAAAGAAAGAAAGAGCUUGGGAUCCCUUUCUUUUUAAUGGGGGCAAGCUUGUUUUAUGUUUUUAUUAUAAUUGUGUCAGCAGGGUGAGGAACUCUCUUUUAGCUUCCUUUUUAUCUUAUGUUUUAGUGCAAUGGCAAAGCUUUGGUUUUUGCAUAGA